UCUGGCUGCGUCACCGUGCUAGUUUCGAGCUGUUCUGUCGCUAACUUAUAACAAAUGUUAAUUCACAACAAAAUUGUAAAUGUUAACGCUUUAAGUGCGCAUAUCCUUUCUUCUAUCCUUGGAAUAGCAAAUGCAGCUCUCUGUCGGAAUAGCGAGCCAAUUAGCUGAACGUAAACGCUGCAAUGGCUAAUUAAUAGUUCAGUGUUGGAUAUGACAGUUUUACGUUCACUGCUGUGCUCCUCUGCUCCGCUGCUCGGUGUUUCUCGGGUUCGUUUCUGGGACCCUAGGGUUUCUAAACGGAAAGCAUGGUGGUCCUUAUCCGUCCAGCGUUGGUGCACUUCGGAAGCUUCUGGCUUGUCAUCCGAUCAUCUGAGCUCUGGAUCUGACAAGUACCAGCAAUUAAAGAAGUAUUUUGUAAGGAGACUGAAGGCAACAUACCACCGGUUCAACAGUAUACCUGAUUACUCUGUGGUGUGCGGAUGUCACCAUGUAUACUUCAUUAAAGCUGACGGCAUCUACAGAAUAGACAAAAGAGAUCGUACUCCAGAACCUGACCAGGUGUUAAAUCUGGAACAUGUAUCGAGGGCGGAAAGGAGGACGAGAGCUGAGAGUGAUGAGGGGUUUCAGUGGACAAUUCAGAGAAUUCGUCUGUCUCCACAUGAAAAGCAUCUCGCCGCCACACUAAAAUGUUGUCACACAGAAGAGCUCAAGUGUGUUGUUGUGAGACUUGGAGAGAGAAUUAUUUCCAUUUUGUCCCCCCACCACAUCCUUCUUGAGCUACAGAGCGUCUUCAGUUUUGAGUGGGCGACGGAUGAUGUCCUGUUUUUCACAACUCUGGAAGGCCUGAGUUCCAGCUGCGUGUUUCGCCUGGACCUCGCCUCCGAAGGAAGCGGCAAAGUAACGUCCGUGUACGAGGAAACUCAGCCUGAUGUGUUUGUGGAGGUUGCCCUGUCCAGAGACCGACAGAUCCUCGCCAUUAACUGCAACAGUAGAACACGUUCAGAGGUGAUGCUGAUUGAUGUGACAAAGUCCCAUCUAGAGCCUUUUGUGAUUCAGCCUCGUCAGCUGGACCUCCUCUACCAUGUGGAGCACUGGAAAGGAUCGCUUAUUAUACUGGCUAAUACUGGGCCAGGACAGGAGUAUCAGGUGAUGCAAUCUCCCACAUCUGAGCCGUCAAUGGCUUCAUGGGCGCCUUUAUUUGUCCCUAAACCUGACACUACUAUCAAAGACAUGGACGUAGUUGGAGACUACUGCUUGUUGGUUCUAAAGACGCCAGCCAAUGAACUCGCUUUAAGCGUGAUGUCACUGCGCAAUCCCGAAGAGACAUACAUUAUAGAGCUCCCGUCCUGGGCUUGCGCUAUUGAAACCAAGAAACCGGGCUUGGCAGACCGGCAAAACGUGUUAGAGUUCCUCUUAUCGUCUCCCGUCCACCCACCUGUCCCAUUCUCGCUGGAUCCUGAGAAAGGACUUUUGUUGUCAGACCCAGGAACUCAGACCAACUCUGAGAGUCACCACAAGUCCGUCACCACACGCUUGAAGGCCUGCAGCCAAGAUGGCACUUUAGUGCCAGUGACGCUCUUCCAUGCCGUACCUGUGGAGGAUCUGAGUCAGGCGCCUUUGCUUGUACAUGUAUAUGGAGCUUAUGGUAGAGACCUCAGUAUGGAGUUCUGCCCAGUGAGACGUUUUCUGUUGGAGCAAGGCUGGGCACUGGCCUACUGUCACAUUAGAGGCGGGGGGGAGCGCGGCCUCUCUUGGCACAGACAAGCCAGGGUGGAAGGGAAGCGGAGGGGGGCGGAGGACCUCCAGGCCUGUCUCCAGAAGCUUUUCUCUUCGGGAGUCUCCUCUGCUUCACUCACUGCCCUCACAGCCUGCAGUGCUGGAGCCGUACCAGUGGCGGCGCUGUGCAACUGGAAGCCAAACAUGAUGCGUGCUGCAACACUGCAGGCUCCUUUCCUCGAUGUGUUGGGAACUAUGGAGAAAGCUGAUCUGCCUCUGACUGUGGAGGACAGAGAUGAGUGGGGGGACGCAGUGGGAAACCUGCAUCACAGACACAUCAUCGCUUCAUACUGUCCCCUUCACAACAUCACUCCUCAGUGCUACCCAUCUAUGCUGCUGACAGCCUACAGCGGUGAUCCUAGGAUUCCUCUGGAAGGUGUCCUCAAAUACACCAAAUAUAUAAAGGAAGCCAUUCAUACACACUUAAACAGGAAGCAAAAUGCAGAUUGUGAAUCGGCACCAAGCAUAGUUCUGAACGUCCAACCAGGAGCAAACCAUCUUGGACCUGAAGACUUUGUUCAGAUGCUGGAAGAGGAGGCUUUUAAGCUUGCGUUUCUAUACACGGAGCUGAACCUGGACACUCCACAACCUCGACGCAAGAGGAAGAGAUAGCUCAGCUGUGAAGAGGCAGUAA